AUGCAGUGGCUGCUGGGCGCAGCUCAAGCCGUGAAAGAAGCCACAGGGCCAUCUGUAUGUGUCGUCGCAGGUCGUAGAGUGCAGCAACAGCAGUUGCUCGCCGACGGGGGCUUUGCAUAUGUCUAUGCUGGCCUUGAUGCGGAGACAGGCGAGAAGCUGGCCAUCAGGAAGGUGCUUCUCCAAGACAGGGAAACCUUGGAAAAAGCAAAAGUUGAGAUCGAGCUGCUCAACAGCCUUUGCGAUCAUCCACACGUAGUGCGAUUCCUCGGUGCUGAGGUAACACAAAGGGGCACUGCUAGCGAAGCGGUCUACUUGUUUGAGUUAUGUACGGGUGGCACGCUGUUUGAAACAAUCGAUAGCAAGGUUGUGGCUGCGACCAAAUCCACUGCCGAUCAGUUGCAAAACCAACCCGGGCACUGCCCCUGUCUUCCACAGGAUACAAUUUUGGAAGUACUUGGAGCCCUCGCCCAAGCCCUUGCUUAUCUCAGCCGGCUGGGUCUCAUUCAUUACGAUGUGAAAAGCGAGAAUGUCCUCCUUGGCUCAGACAGUCUUUGGAAGUUGGGCGACUUUGGCUCUGCAAGCGAAAGAUCCUUCGACCUCGAGGGUGCGGACAAGAAGCUGUUGCUUGAUGCACAAGAAUUUAUUCAUGGCCGCUGCACGCCCAUGUACAGAGCACCUGAACUGGCAGAUGUUUAUUUGAGAUGGAAAAUUGGGGCCAAGGUUGACAUGUUUGCGUUGGGAUGCGUUCUCUUCGCAGCUAUGACAGCACAACAUCCAUUUCCCAUGGAAUCCACUUGCGCCAACAUCACAGCCAGCUAUCGAAUUCCCACAGAGGCUGCUGCAUCUUAUGCUCCGGCACUGCUCGGCUGGCUACGACGGUUGCUGGCCCGUGAGCCCUCAAAACGCCCUUCAGCUGUCCGUCUUGCAGCAGAGGUCGAGCGCUUCCGAAUCUUGGGAGAGGAUCCGAACGAAGACUUGCGUCAACAAGAGCGCAAGGAUCGCAAGGAGCAGAACAGGGAGAGCGUCCCUGCAGAGGCUGCCUUCGCAGACUUUGCCACCUUCGCGCCAAUAGCUGUGUCACUGCUGGAGGAGCAGCUUCGCUCAUCAAAGGUCCAUCAGGACCAGCUUCGGGAUGCCAUGCGCACUCAGCACUCGCAGCUGGCUGACGCUCAGCAGCAGGUGCGGGAGCAGCUGCGGAUGGACGGAGAGCGGCAAAUGAGGGAGUGGGAGCUUGAUGCUGCAAAGCGAGCUGCGGAAGCUGAACUUCGCAAUGCAUCAGCAGAGGUUCAUCAACUACGUCUCGAACAGCGGUCAAUGCAGGAGCAGCUUGCAAUGGCGCUCGAGAGCCAGCAGCGUGCAGAGUGCACCGCGGCCGCAGCCGCUGGGAGUGCAGCCUCGUUGUCAGCAGCAGAGGCACGGCUGGCGGACCAAAACAGCAUGGUGACCACACUGAGGCAGCAGCUUGCAAUCUUGGCGGCUGCACGUGCUUCGGAGGCAAUUGCUGUGAGCAGGGGCGUGCUGGCUGUGGCAUACGUUGGUGUGUCCAGCAGCUUGCCGACCAAUCCGGGUGCGCUGGUCGCAGUCGAGGGCUUAUCGCAGCGCUUGCGUGCGGCAUGCCGGCAGUGUGGCCGCGUUCUCGAGCAGCAGCUGCAAUCUGCCCAUGACAUUUCAUGGACGGAGUCCGGACCGUCCCCAUUGGACAUCGACUGGGAGGCUGUGGAAGCCAAGACUCUCCAGGAGCUGGGCUCCACUGCCUUGCCCGAUCUCGGGCCCUAA